AUGAUUGGAGCGGACAGCCUACAAGCCCGGAGUGGCUGGCUCAUGUCCAAAACGCAUACGAUACCGCAGCCAGCAUCUAUCUCGUGGGCGAUGAGUCCAGAGAAGCCGCAUCCUAAACCGAAGACUCUUAGGGAAAAAGAUACAUUGGCUGUCGUAAAGACCGGUCUGGAGUCUCUCCGAGCCUUGAUCAAAGCCUCGGCAGCCAGUAUCGCUCAGUACUCAGCCCGAAACCACAAUUACAAGUUGUUGCCCAGGCCUCUCUCGCUCGAAGACACCGCCGCAUCUAGACUCACAAUCGGACCAGACAAGACUUCAGUCCUUUCAGGCACUGACGAGAUGUUCCGCACCUUCGCAGACAAGUUUUACGACUUGUUUGCCGGUCCCGUUUCGCGACACGUUGAUGUGUUGAUCCAGCGGGUCGACAGUGUUGUCUCGGACGAGGAGGCAGACGAAGAAGACGAGGAGGGUGGCGAGAAAGACGCGAUGGCUGCCGAUAGGGGAAUUGACCCUGAUGAGGAGUAG